UUUGAAAUCUGUUCUUAAAAUAUCACAAAGCUGAAAAUGUCAUUUCAACACUUGCAGUUGCAGUCGGUAAAUCAAUAACUUUGAGAAGCAAGUAAACCAGUGGAGAGGGCCAUCCAUUUCGGUCCACUUCCCUCGAGCCUCCUUCACUUCGAGAGGGCCAUCCAUUACAAUGUUCCAAAGGUCAGGAUCUGUUGACCCUAUGAAAAAUUCCAUCCAAUUGAGCCAGUAACCAUAGUGAACCCCUUCAAAUCUGGGUGGUCGUGUUUGAGAAAAUCCGUCCGCCAUGAAAAUUCCGCUCGCUGAUCCCGAACUCGUCGUCUCCGCAGGCAAUUAAGCCCUUGCUGCUGGAGCCGGGCUCUGAUACCAUGUGUUGGUUGAGUCGAGCGCGAGACUCUGGCGACGAUUCCCUCUGCCUCUCCGAUCAAUUGAGACUCUGCUUAACCCUAAUUUCGAUUUUGGCAAGAACAAGUAAAGAAAGUGGAAUAAGCAGGAAAACGAAUCGAUGAAAGGGUAAAAUGACUUCCCUUUCGUGCUCACCAAAACGACAACGAAUUCGAAACUGAGGCUUGAAGCGGGCUGGGCUUAGUUUGUUCUCAAUCCGUCGAUUUGAAGUUGGCCCAGAUCACUUGCAUGGAACGUGAUAGACCGUUAAUUACACAUGUUUUUACCCCUGUUCUUACACCGUUUGAGAUGUGGUUUCUCGUGUUUUAGACCGAUUUCACGCUAGGUUGGGCUUGUUUGUGAUAUUUCAGGUCCUGGCAAGUGAAUGAAGAUUUAGGAGCGAGCUCGGGGUCGAUUGGGCGAAGAUCGGGCGCGAGGCAAGUCACAAAGGAGGACGCACGGGCACACCCACAAAUCACACGGCCGUGCAACUCAUAUUUCUGGUCGUGUGAGAUUGUGCGAGAGCAAACACGGCCUGCCCUGACAACACACACGGCCGUGUGAAGGAGUGGCUUGGCCGUGCGAGUUUUGCCGAGAGCAAACACGGGCAGAUGGAAGUCACACACGGCCGUGCCACUCUGGCCGUGUGAGAAGCCUGGAAUUCGACUAAGUGAUACGGUGUGUUUUGCCUCACACGGGCAACUGGGUAGGCCACACGGCCGUGUGGCCCUGCCCGUGUGAGUCGGGAUUUCCUGGUUUUAAGCCAAAUUCCGAACCAAAGAGGAGGAGAGCUGGGUUUUUGGCUCCCAAACACCCAAGGGACGAACCAAAGAGAGAGAGGGCGAUUUGAGGGCAUUCUUGGAGUAGAGAAGGAGGAUUUCUUCGCCUUGGAAGCUUGAGGAACAAGCCCGGACUUGAAGACUGAUCAUCUGGAGAUUCUUACUGCAGUCUCUCUCUUCUCUAUGGAGUAACUUCCCUUCACUUAGGUUUUGAGGAACCCUAGCUAUGUUUGUUUGAUUGGAUGAUUGUAUGAGUACUCUGACUGGAUAAUUUUGAGUUCAUAUUCAAUCUAUGCAUGUUUUCAUGAUUCAAUUCUGCUUUAGUCGAGAUUAUUGAUUCUGCUUUGAUCCUAUGAGAGGGAAUACCCGAUUAGGUCAAUAGAGCACCAUAGAUUGAUAGUAGUGGAUCGAUUGCUUUAGUCGAGGGUUGAUUCACUGCUUUGUAUCGAUUGAGAACCUCUUUCGAUAGAGGGAGUCUAGUUCAGAAUGCCUUGAUCAGUUGUUCUAGAGAAGGAUACGUCCCUCUAGGCAAUUGACUCAAGAGGGCCUUGUUCCUUUAGUCGAGACUCAAGGUAUUGUGAAUGAAAGUGAAACAGGUUAGAGAUCAUCAAUCAUUAAUCUGGCUAGUGGCUAGGGGGAAUCAUACCUAAGUGAGUUCCCAACCUGUAAUUAGAUUAACUUUAACUGUAGUUUGCUAGAGUAGUUUUAGUUCUUUCAUCUUAAUCUGAUUUGCUAAAUAAUAAACUGAAGCUGAGUAAUAGUAACUCUAGAGACCCGUGGAUUCGAUAUUUAUCACUUGAGCCACUAUACUGCAGUCCCUUUCAUUGGUUACACUUGGCCUUUGUUAGGUGUUGUGUUUUAGAGCAUCAAGUUUUUGGCGCCGUUGCCGGGGACUUUCUAGAGUAUUAGGAAAGGCAGAAGUUUGUUACUUUAGCAUUUUUCUUUUCUUUUCCACCCUUGCUUUUCACUUGGGUGUUUUUGUUUUUGUUGGUGCAGAUCUGAAUCAUGGAUCCUAAGGUGGAAGAGGCCUGCACCGGCCAUGAGUUACAUGUGAUAUCUCCACCAAACUUCGAGGAACUGCUUAGCAAGGACCCAUUUGCAGUGUCUCUUUGCCAGACGAAGGCCACCUCGACAUCGGUCCCUCUUGGUGGACGCGAUGGUGGCCAAUCGAUGCUGUCAUAUCUGGUUUGGGGCAAUGAGACGAGAGAAGAGAAGGAGAGUUCUCGAGGGUGGAGACUUCAUCUGCAUCAAGUACAUGAGCCUUCAUCACCUGCCACACCACAUGCUCGUGACUUGAGACUCCACCUCAUCGACGAGAACCUCAACUUCAAGGAGGUUCUAGCAUGGACCGAAACUUAGGAGCCAUCGUCCGGCUCACGACGUGAAAGAAGCGCUUGUUGGGAGGCAACCCAACCAGUCGGUUUGCAUUUCUGUCUCUAUUUCUCCUCGGUUGAGUCAGUUUUGCUAUUUGAUUUUAGAGUCAAUAACUCAACCUUUGUGAGAUUUUGUGUGGUGUUUGUGUUCUGAUUACUCUCUCUUUCUGGAUGGCACCGCCUGACUCGUUUAUCAUCAUUCACCCUUGAUCUGGUAACUUCGUUCUACCCUCCUUAUCUUUCCUCCAUUGAGGACAAUGUCGUGCUUAAGUGUGGGGGGGGAUGUUCGAUUAUGUAUGCGGGUGAAUGUUUGGCUGUUUGUGUGCUUAGAGCCUAGUCCACUGUCCAAAUUUUUAAAUUUGAGGGCUCCAAGUACGUGUUCCUUGCAAUUGCCUGCUCAGUAUGCUUUGAAUUGACAGUCUUUAUAGUAAUAUGCAACCUAGGGAGGUAGUGUUACACUAUGGAGGAUGUUGAUGCAUUUAAGAAGUCUCAUUACUUCUUCAUAUUGAGUUGGUUGAUUGAGUGAAUUAGUGAUCUUAGGACCCCUGAAUUGUGUGGUGUUGUGGAUUCUCUACCUGUCAUGGACUCUUGUAUCAUGUUUUAAGUUUAACAGGUGCUCGAAAAUGUGCUUCAAAAUAACGUCUCCCGUGCGAAUAGGGCGAACGUGUGUAAGGGGAGAUGGGAAUCCGUUCCCAAUUUCCACCUACUACCUCCAGCCCCCUUACAUGUCUUUCCCCCGCACGAGGCUCGAGACAUCCGCUCCUGGCAUGGCUGGUAAGAGCAGGUUGGGACCCUUGGAAAAAAAAAAGAAAAGAAAAAAAUAACAGAAAACAAGCAAAACAGAAAGAAAAGGGGUUCCAACCAUCUUCAAGAAGAAAAAAAGAGAGCACCUUGAAAAAUGUGAGUCCAUGAUCUUUUGUUUUUGAGAAUCUCUUCAUCCACAAUUCAUUUGUCCUCUGUUCACUAUUUGCCAUUAUGCUGACUCGAUACUAGUGCUCUCGCCGAAGAAGCUAUGAGAUGACUUGUGCGUUGGUUGACCUCGUAAGUUGCUAAAUGAUCUAGGAAGUCCUCUACCUACGAUCUGGGUUGUUUGUUGCUAUAGAAGUCUGGAGAGCUGCAUUGGUUUGAGUUAGGCUUGCUUGGGGACAAGCAAACGGUUAAGUGUGGGGGGGUUUGAUAGACCGUUAAUUACACAUGUUUUAACCCCUGUUCUUACACCGUUUGAGAUGUGGUUUCUCGUGUUUUAGACCGAUUUCACGCUAGGUUGGGCUUGUUUGUGAUAUUUCAGGUCCUGGCAAGUGAAUGAAGGUUUAGGAGCGAGCUCGGGGUCGAUUGGGCGAAGAUCGGGCGCGAGGCAAGUCACAAAGGAGGCCACACGGGCACACCCACAAAUCACACGGCCGUGCAACUCAUAUUUCUGUUCGUGUGAGAUUGUGCGAGAGCAAACACGGCCUGCCCUGACAACACACACGGCCGUGUGAAGGAGUGGCUUGGCCGUGCGAGUUUUGCCGAGAGCAAACACGGGCAGAUGGAAGUCACACACGGCCGUGCCACUCUGGCCGUGUGAGAAGCCUGGAAUUCGACUAAGUGAUACGGUGCGUUUUGCCUCACACGGGCAACUGGGUAGGCCACACGGCCGUGUGGCCCUGCCCGUGUGAGUCGGGAUUUCCUGGUUUUAAGCCAAAUUCCGAACCAAAGAGGAGGAGAGCUGGGUUUUUGGAUCCCAAACACCCAAGGGACGAACCAAAGAGAGAGAGGGCGAUUUGAGGGCAUUCUUGGAGUAGAGAAGGAGGAUUUCUUCGCCUUGGAAGCUUGAGGAACAAGCCCGGACUUGAAGACUGAUCAUCUGGAGAUUCUUACUGCAGUCUCUCUCUUCUCUAUGGAGUAACUUCCCUUCACUUAGGUUUUGAGGAACCCUAGCUAUGUUUGUUUGAUUGGAUGAUUGUAUGAGUACUCUGACUGGAUAAUUUUGAGUUCAUAUUCAAUCUAUGCAUGUUUUCAUGAUUCAAUUCUGCUUUAGUCGAGAUUAUUGAUUCUGCUUUGAUCCUAUGAGAGGGAAUACCCGAUUAGGUCAAUAGAGCACCAUAGAUUGAUAGUAGUGGAUUGAUUGCUUUAGUCGAGGGUUGAUUCACUGCUUUGUAUCGAUUGAGAACCUCUUUCGAUAGAGGGAGUCUAGUUCAGAACGCCUUGAUCAGUUGUUCUAGAGAAGGAUACGUCCCUCUAGGCAAUUGACUCAAGAGGGGCUUGUUCCUUUAGUCGAGACUCAAGGUCUAGUCAAGGAUUCUCCGCAUUGUGAAUGAAAGUGAAACAGGUUAGAGAUCAUCAAUCAUUAAUCUGGCUAGUGGCUAGGGGGAAUCAUACCUAAGUGAGUUACCAACCUGUAAUUAGAUUAACUUUAACUGUAGUUUGCUAGAGUAGUUUUAGUUCUUUCAUCUUAAUCUGAUUUGCUAAAUAAUAAACUGAAGCUGAGUAAUAGUAACUCUAGAGACCCGUGGAUUCGAUAUUUAUCACUUGAGCCACUAUACUGCAGUCCCUUUCAUUGGUUACACUUGGCCUUUGUUAGGUGUUGUGUUUUAGAGCAUCAGAACGCUGCGUUUCACAGACUCAGUUUCCUUCUUCUCACCUUGUGCAAAUCGAUCAAGACCUGUUCUGCACAAGAACUUGAACUCGCACUUAACCAAGAACACAAAUACAAACUGGAAAUAAGAUGGAGCAGAAUAAAAACACAAAUGAACA